AUGUCGAAUUCAAAUAUGUCAAAUCUUUCAAAACAGCAAUCUAGUAUUUGCCCCGCCAACGGUCGUCAAACCGUUGGAGAUGGGGCUCUCUACACCGACAUGACUCCUAGCGUGCUUGCAGUGUGCCGCACGCCCGGCAACAACAUGUACUACUACUCUACUACGUUCUCUGGCGGGCCCGGGGUAUCGAAAUGCCCUCCUGAUCGAGGGUCGUUAGACUGGGUGACAGACAGUCUGACGCCAAUUUUCUCCUCUUCGCCUCCUUCCGACACUUCAUCCACGCUUUCAGCCUUCGGCACCGACAGCCCUGCCAGUUCCAUCUACCUUCCUCCUACCCCGCCUCCGGAAGAUCGAGCCAGCCACCCGACCAAGAGCGCCCCGAGGGACAUCGCCAGCAAGAUCGCUCGUGCCCCUGUCCCCGACAUUGCCACGCCGCCGUUGACGCCUGACGAUGCCGAGGACGGAGAAGGCAGCGUCGCGGCCAUUAGUGCGAAGCAGCGCGAUGCUGCUCUCGAGUUCCUCUCUACUCUCUUCCCGCGCAACGCUCUGGCUGCUAUGCCCCACGCCAACAGUGUCUCCAUCUCCGCUCCCAACCUUGGUGCCGAUUUCGACGGUGUCGUCCUCGAGUUGCCAAACAGGCCCAAGACGCUCUACGUAGACGGGAAAAGCGCAGCGACCGUCAAUCUUAGGGAGAGUAUUGUUGCUCUCCUGGAUCUUGCUGAUGAGAGCCUGCAGUGCUCUGCGCUGGUCAUCGCGCUGGAGAAGAGCUCGCCCUUCCUCGGCGAUCUCCUCCACUCCCUGAUGUAUGUUGGCGGUAGCGUCGUUACCGCGCCGCCCUUCGAAGUCGACUCCUCGUACGUGCUGAUCGGGUUGGAAAUAUGA